CAGUUGAGGACAUGCGAUUGUUUAGUAUUUUUUGGUUUGGUGAUAGUAGAAUCAUGGUUACGCGUUAACCCACAAAUGUAUUCGUCACCCCUCUCGAUUGAGCAGGCCAUACCGCCCUCAGUCUACACUGAGCUACGAAAUGUUCAUCAGGCCUUUCACCCAGCCCCAUGUGUAGAUCAAAGUGUUUACACAUACUUUCCCGCCUACGAAAAUCACCACCGGCCUGAAAACUACGUCGAUAUGACUACACACUUACAAGCUGACAUCAAUCAGGAAACGAAACGAAAUGUGUACAAAAGUAUACAUUACUCAUCGUCGGACGCUACUAAUGACAAAGAGGCCAACAAUGGAACGUUGCUGUCACACCGAUAUAUUCAGCCCAGAACACAUUCAACUCAUUUGCCUGAUUUCGAGAGCUUUUUUGGUCCUCAACAAUAUCAUCAUUCGGAGAUGCUUGUUGUCGAAAAAGAUCUGACAGGAUACGCCUCCGAUGGGGUAUAUACCCAGGGCGUUGUUGAGGUGAAUCCCCGACUCGCUUACUCCGGAAAACAUUCGGCGCUUGAAGAAAAUAAUUACAAGAGGAAUGUGACUCAACAGUGUACUCCUUUCAACGGCAAUGUUAUGCUACAAACAUCUGCGAGAAAUUUUUAUCAGUCGACGGACCCAAGUCUACCCACUUACACCGAUAUAAGACUUCAAUCCAUACAGAAGAUUGUCCACACAGACACCGAGAAACAGAAGUAUGGCAACAUGUUAGUGAAACCAGCAGCUGAAAUUACCAGGUAUGAGCUUUGAAAUUUUUAAAUAACAAUUCUUAUACUUGUAUAAAAGCUGUAAUUAGAAUAAGGAAUCUAACAGACGUAGACGAUAAACAAGGUUU